UGGAGACGUAAUGCCACACUGGCACCUACAGUUAAAUAUAUCGCAGAUCCCUUUUUGUCUUAGUUCAACCACGUAUAGCAAUAUCUUUGUGCGUUUCAGUGAUUCUUCUACCUGACGAUUCGUUCACGUUACUCCCGGGUGGUGCACAGUUUUAUUCAAAAGUUUUUCUAUCAUAAGGUGUCGAAAUAGCGGAGUUUAAGAUGUCGAACUCGGUCGAGUCGUUCCAUACUUUUGGUACGGAUGAAGUUGUCCAAACAGAGUACACUGAUCAGCUUAAUAAAAUACGGCAAACCUUUGCUUCAGGGCGUACUAAGAGCGUUAAAUGGCGUAAGACUCAACUUAAAGCUCUUCAGCGCUUUCUUGAAGACAACAGUGAUCUUCUCGUCAAGGCAUUAGACAGUGACCUUCGAAAAAACCGCCAGGAAUCAUUGCUUUUUGACAUCGAAUUUGCUGUUAAUGACGUCAAGGGCGCUAUUAUGGAGCUCCAUAACUGGGUCAAACCAGAACCCGCAACCAGGUGUUUAAUGGCCGUGAUGGAUACACCGUAUAUCUGGAACGAACCCUACGGGGUCUGCCUCAUUAUGGGAGCCUGGAACUACCCCGUACAAUUACUGAUCUCUCCUGCGGUCGGCGCGAUUGCUGCAGGAAACGCCGUUGUAUUCAAGCCUUCUGACCUAGCCCCAGCGACUGCGGCCGUUAUGGAAAAGUUAACGUCAUACCUUGACCCAGACGUUUUCCUGGUAGUUAACAGUGGGGUGGCACAAUGCACUGAGCUGCUCAAGGAACGAUUCGAUCAUAUUUUCUACACCGGAUCUACCAAUGUGGGUAAGAUCGUCUAUGCCGCUGCGCAGAGGUACCUGACACCGGUCGUGUUGGAGCUCGGAGGCAAGUCCCCUGUAUAUAUUGAUGACACUGCUGACCUAAGCAUCAGCGCGAAGCGCAUUAUGUGGGGUAAACUUGUAAACGCUGGCCAAACCUGUGUUGCGCCUGACUACAUUUUAUGUCCCGAAAAUAUCUACGAUAAGUUCAUCGACGAAUGCAAGAAGGCGGUUUACGACUUCUACGGUGAUAAUCCGAAGAAGGCGAAGGAGUAUGGACGCAUUGUGACAAAUCGUCAUACGAAACGCCUAGAAGAUAUGAUCCAGGGUGCGGAUAUCGUUCUCGGUGGUGAGGUCGAUGUAGAAGCACGUUAUGUCGCUCCCACGAUUAUUAAAAACGUCCAAAAAGACGACCCCAUCAUGCGGGAAGAGAUCUUUGGCCCCAUUUUACCAGUCAUUAAGGUGAAGGACAUGUUCGAGGCCGUUGAAUUCAUCAACAGUCGUGAUAAGCCGCUUACCUCGUACGUGUUCUCUAAGGAGCAGAAGGUCAUUCGUAGUUUUAUUAAUGAUACAACAUCUGGUUCAGUAUGUGCCAAUGACGUCCUCGUGCAUCUGUCCAUAGACUCACUCCCGUUCGGUGGGGUUGGCAAUUCAGGCAUAGGCCGAUAUCACGGCAAAUACACGUUCGAUUGCUUUUCAAACAAGAAAGCCGUCCUUCUCAGGAACUUCAACCCUGUGGGCGAAUAUCUCGGCUCAAGACGUUACCCGCCACACACGUUUGCGGGCCUGGCUUUGUUCCGACAACUUUUGGCAAAGCGGCCUAAUCCAUUCCGUUAUGUCCAUUUUGUAACACCCUACAUUAUGGCAGUAGUUAUUGGAAUCGGAGGAACCGUCCUUCAUCAGUAUUUAACCAUGAAGGAAGAGCAGAGACAAUAAUCACGUAAGACAUAAUACCGUACUGCAUAUGACCUCGAAGGGCCGGAACGAUCAAGACAUCUGAAACUUCUCAGUACAUAAAAACAAUAAUAACAAAAAAUUAAA